CUGUAAUCUGCUAGCAGGGUCUGCGCAUGAGCGGGGACGGGCAGGGAGAGGAGUGGGACUGGGAGCAGCUGUGGCAAAUGUUCCACCAGUCCAGCAAUAUCGAGAAGAAAAGACAAUUUACGGCUGAAGAAAACACUUUGACGCGCUCUUUGAGCGGAAUCGAGUGGGUAGACGCGUGUUGGGCGUCCGCGGUCAACUGCGAAGCGUUGAAAAGUAGCAGAUCGGCUCGGUUUCUGAACUCACUGCAAACAAAAUAACAAGCCCGAAAGACUGACAAUAAAGCCACAACUGACACCAGACUGAACCAGGGCCUCAAUACACCAUCCUCUAAUCUACUCGGACAUUCACCCCGCAUCAAUUCACAAAACCCCUGCUUGUUUUUGUGAAACUCGGGAGACAAUGAAGACCUGAACUCAUGUGCUAGCCGCUGAGCUGAGUGUGUGUGUGUGAUAGAGUGUGUAUGAACUCUUCUGUUUUCAGGAAACUUUCUCCCCUCGCAUUAAAAGCCUGGACGUAGAAGAAGCUUUAGCAGACUUGGGGAGGAAGCUUAGGCUGUCUUCUUGAUCUCUGCAUGGAGGUGAGGGGCGAGGACAGGGGAUCGGACGGCAGCAGAGGCCCCGACUCGACCCACUUUCCUCUUUACAGCAAACCCGCGCGAGUACGGGUCCCUGUCCCGGAUCCUGACAUGAUGAUUUACCCGAGCGCCGGAGGCGAAGAGCUCGCUGGGAGAGCCGCUGCUGCCACCGGCUGCGAGUCUCCCUCUUCGGACGGACCGGGUAGCAGCCGGAUGUCGCCCACUGACGGGCCCACGGUCUUCCCACCUUUACCGCCCCCUCCGCCGUCUGGACUUGGGGGGCAGGGGAGUGUGGAUGAAAGCGAUCAACAGGAUGGGCCAGAAUAUGAGGAAGAGGAGGUUGUUUUCCCCCUUUCAGCACCGCCCACCAACCAAUGGUACCAUGGAAUGUUGGACCGAACCAUUGCUGAAGAGCGAUUGCGUCAGGCUCGGACACCGGGCAGUUACCUCAUCAGAGAGAGCGACCGCCGGCCUGGCUCCUUCGUACUAUCUUUUCUCAGCGUGACCAGUGUGGUCAAUCACUUCAGGAUCAUUGCGAUGUGUGGAGAUUACUACAUCGGUGGACGACGCUUCUCGUCCCUUUCAGACCUCAUUGGUUAUUACAGCUAUGUGUCUUGCCUACUGAAAGGUGAAAAACUGUCGUCCCCAGUAGCUCCCCCUGAGCCAGUGGAGGACCGGCGGCGAGUGAGGGCCAUACUUCCAUAUACCAAAGUGCCAGAAACUGACGAAAUCAGUUUUCUCAAAGGAGACAUGUUUAUCGUUCACAAUGAACUGGAAGAUGGUUGGAUGUGGGUGACCAACGUUCGGACAGAAGAACAAGGCCUUAUCGUUGAUGAUCUUGUGGAGGAGGUGGGUCGGGAAGAGGAUCCCCAUGAGGGAAAAAUCUGGUACCACAGGAAGAUCAGUAAACAGGAGGCCUACAACCUGCUAUUGACAGUUGGCCAGGUCUGCAGUUUUUUGGUCAGGCCCUCAGACAACACACCGGGCGAUUACUCUCUCUUCUUUCGUACCAAUGAGAACAUCCAAAGGUUCAAGAUUAGCCCCACUCCCAACAAUCAGUACAUGAUGGGAGGACGCUACUAUAACAGUGUUGAUGAUAUUAUCGAACGUUACCGAAAAGAGCAGAUUGUAGAAGGAUAUACCCUGAAAGAUCCUGUCCCAGUCCAGCAAAAAGAGCAAGUUCUAUCUGAUUUGGUUGAUGGCAGAGAAAUAUAUAACACUAUUCGACGAAAAACAAAAGAUGCUUUCUACAAAAACAUCGUCAAGAAAGGAUAUCUUCUCUUCAACAAAGGUAAAGGCAAGCGCUGGAAACACUUGUACUUCAUCCUGGAAGGCAACGACGCUCAUCUCAUUUACUUUGAGAGUGAGAAACGAGCCACCAAACCCAAAGGAUUGAUUGAUCUGAGUGUCUGCUCUGUGUAUGGGGUCCAUGACAGUCUGUUUGGCAGGCCAAACUGUUUCCAGAUUGUGGUUCAGCACUUUAGCGAGGAGCAGUACAUUUUCUACUUUGCAGGGGAAACACCUGAGCAGGCACAGGACUGGAUGAAAUGCCUUCAGACAUUCUGCAAUAAUCUACGGAAACCCUUACAGACCACAUACAACAAGCGUUUGCGUCAGGUUAGCAGUUUGGUUCUAUAUGUGGAAGAAGCUCACAAACUUCCCAUCAAACACUUCACCAACCCGUACUGCAUCAUCUCGCUGAACAGCGUGCAGGUGGCCAGGACUCAUCCAAGAGAAGGACAAAACCCUGUGUUCACCGAGGAGUUCAUCUUCGAUGACCUGUCGUGCGACAUCAACAGAUUUGAAAUAAGCUUAAGCAACAAGUCCAAGAAAAGCAAAGAAAGUGACAUCUUGUUCAUGCGUUGCCAGCUGAGCAAGCUGCAGAGGGGCCAGAUGAUCGAUGAGUGGUUUCCUCUGAGCUCCUAUGUGCCGCUGAAGGGAAUUGAGCCCGGCUCUCUGCGUGUAAGAGUGCGAUACUCCAUGGAAAAGAUCAUGCCCGAGGAAGAGUACAGUGAAUUCAAAGAGCUGAUCCUGCAGAGAGACUAUCAUGUGAUCUAUGCGUUGGCGCACGUGUGUGGUCAGGACCGCACUCUGCUGGCAAGCAUCCUGCUCCGCAUCUUAAGACAUGAGCGAGCGGAAGCCCUGCUGCUGAGGACACUGAACGACAGAGAAAUUAAUAUGGAGGAUGAGGCCACAACGCUGUUUCGUGCCACCACUCUGGCCAGUACAUUGAUGGAGCAGUACAUGAAGGCCACGGCUACACCUUUCGUCCAUCACGCUCUUAAAGACACCAUACUGAAGAUCAUGGAGAGCAAGCAGUCAUGUGAGCUGAACCCGUCUAAACUGGAGAAGAAUGAGGAUGUUAACCUGAAUCUGGCUCACUUACUUAACAUCCUUUCAGAGCUGGUGGAGAAGAUAUUUAUGGCUGCUGAGAUCUUACCUCCGACCCUGAGGUACAUUUAUGGCUGUCUUCAGAAGUCAGUGCAGCAGAAAUGGCCGACCAACACUACAAUGAGGACCCGAGUCGUGAGUGGUUUCGUCUUCCUGAGACUCAUCUGUCCAGCCAUCCUCAACCCCAGAAUGUUCAACAUCAUCGCUGAUCCUCCAUCCUCCACUGCAGGCCGGACGCUCACGCUGGUAGCAAAGUCUGUGCAAAACUUGGCCAACCUGGUGGAGUUUGGUGCCAAGGAGCCCUACAUGGAGGGAGUCAAUCCUUUCAUCAAGAACAACAAACAAAGGAUGAUCAUGUUUCUGGAUGAGUUGGGGAAUGUUCCUGAUCUCCCCGAAUCCACCGAGCACUUUAGGACUGAUCUGUCCCGUGACCUUGCUGCCCUGCACGAGAUCUGUGCUACUCAUUCGGACGAACUCCGCACCCUCAGCAACGAGAGAGGAGCACAGCAGCACGCGCUGAAGAAGCUGCUGGCCAUCACCGAGCUCCUCCAGCAGAAACAGGUGCAAUAUGCCAUGUCCAACAGCAGCAGAACUGAAUGUACCUUUAUGGCUGUUGCCACCACUAUCCAGAUCCUCUGAAAGACACGAUUGGUAGCAAAGACAGCAAGACUCGUUCUCCCCAGAUGCAAAUGAAGACAGCGGUAACUAGCUCUGACUAGUUAAACGACACACACUGCCAAUCUCAAAAACCCACAGAAUCACAACAAGAUGAACCACACAAUAAAUGGUGCGAGAUAUUAUUUGCGGUGAAGAACAUCUCUUGAAUCUUCCAAACUUCCCAAGGGAAUACCAAAAUCUGAAAACCCUGUUGACUCAAAGCUUCUUGGACCUGACUUUGAUUGAACUGACCUAUGAGCAGUGACCACUAGACUGGCAUCUGUAGCAUGCAAGAACUCUGGCGCCGCAUUGCUGUUGACCAUCAGGGAAGCGAGAUGCACUUACGGUGCAAGCCUUAAGAAACCGUCUACACUCAAUACUACCGCACAACCUCUUCCUGUUUUGCCCCGCGGUUUCAGGUGCAGGUAGGCUUCGAUCCCACAGAUAGCAACUGAUUCCUAUCUUACCUUCUGAGCCGCUUCGCUUGACAAGAUGCUGCAUCCUGGCUUUUAUCUCUGAACCAGUGUUUGUGUGUGAUACAUAAGCAGAUCAGUGAGUCCGAUUCAAUUUUAGGAAAUAGAUUACACGCGGUUGGUGCAUGCGUCCACUUUUAAUAACUUAACCCUCGUUCUUCCACUGAAUCGAGAAUGGCGACAAACUCAAAACCCUGAAUUUAUAGCUUUAUAGAGUAGAUUCUGAGCUUCCUGGUUCAUUUUCCAUCACAAAAAAACCCAGCAUCAAAACGUGCUGACUAUCAAAUGAUAUUGGUUUAUUAUUAUCAGCUUGUUUGUUUCUUGAUGUGAACUAUUAUGAUUACCUGAGUUAUGCAAAACUUUAAAUCUUCUCUACAAUUUAUUAGGCGCAUUCCAUAAUGUGUUCUUGUUUGAUUGUUUUGAGAGGUAGUCCUAUUGUCCUCCUUACAAAGAAAGUACUAUGGUGCUACCAUUUGUACACUGGUGAUUUUCGAUAUGCGACGGUAUUGAAUGAUAACCAUGGUACAUGUCCAAAAAAAAAAAACUGUUAUAACUAUUGUGCCAUGUUGUAAAAGUAUGGGAAACCCUGUUAUGUUAAUGUGUAUCAACAACCGCUGACUGGAAAAGCUCACUUUGUUCUCAUUUCCUGUUUCCAUCUACAGCUGAUGUAGGAUUCUCUACGGUGCAUUUAGCUGCAUUUUAUUACCCAGCAAAACCGGCAAAAAAGCAUGACGCAGAUUUACCCCUUUUUUUCUACUUCAGGUAGCUCAUGUAUUUUUAUUUUUCUAUUUUAUACUCAAAAACCACGACUUUUGCAUCUUAGAUACAAAACACCAAGUGACUAACCUGGCUGAAUAAAACUCUUAGUAUGAGAACGU